AUGGCCAUCACUAUCAGUCCCGCUACAACAGACCAGAUCCCGGCCAUUGUCAGUUUUGUCAUGGCAGGGCGGACCAAGAUGUUCCCCAUGCUUGAUCCACGCAUCCCGCUCCCCGAUCUCGUCAAUUUCCAGCAAACUUAUCUCAACCACCCAGAUGGUUUCUUCUUGACUGCACAUUCAGACGGUCAGCUGGUUGCGACCAUUGCCUAUCUGGCGUACGAUCAUCGGUUUCCGCACCUCAAUCUCGGCCAGGAGCGCAUCGUCGAGGUCGUUCGCUUAUAUGUCAGCCCCCUGUGGCGUCGAGGGGGCCUCGCGUCCAUGUUAUUCAGCCAACUGGCGCAGCAGGCUCAGAAAGCAGGCAUUGAGCGGUUUUACCUACAUACGCAUCCCUUUCUGCCUGGGGCCGUCCAGUUUUGGGAAAGGCAGGGUUUCACGUUACUCGAUGUUGAGAAAGAUUCUGUUUGGCGGACAACUCACAUGUCCAAGUUGUGCAAAAGACUUUCCACAUGGGAAGGAGAUUGGAUUGACUCGUCUAUUCCGGGUCAGCCUUGUGACACGAUUCAAAAUGGUUGGAGUGGCAGAAGCGUCAUAGAUGUCGACGAUACAAAUGGCCUGGCGUGUCUCGAUGGGAACGGGUUGAAUCAGAUAUCAUAA